AUGGGCUGCUGCUUCUCCGUGUCGCGUGAACCCCACGACUCCAACGGCCAAACACCCACAGAGGAGCAUAGCUCCGCAAUAGCACCGCCGUCCCACAUUCCAUCUUCAUCCCGCCAGAGCCGCCAGCGUCAUCUUACGCACAACCCCUCCCCAUCCUCCUCUCACCAUGACCGCCAAAGACAGCAACAACAGGCCGUACCCCUCCAGCAGCACAUAAACGCACCCAUCCGACCGCACAUAUGGCACUCUAAGAAGCGCCUAUGGACUCGCGCGCUUCUUGACCGCGAGCGAACGGAGUUCUUCGAGACCCGCGUCACGGGGCGGCCGGAAGUCUGGGACGCACUGUCUGCGGCAUUGCAGUUCAUGCGGAACGGAGACUACGAGACCGCGCAGAGCAUCAUUGAUGCGGCGGGAGUGACAGUUCCGACUGGGGACCUUUGUCAGGGAGUUUAUGAUGAGCAGGGGGUUCUCUAUCGGUUGCCGAGGUGUAUUGUUAGUGAUCCUGUGAAUAUUGUAGUUGGGGAUGUGGGUUUGGGUGGGAGUGGGAGUGGAAGUGGAAGUGAUUCUGAAGGAAGUGACGGCGGGGCAGAUGAUGAUUUGGGGUUUGAGACAGAUGAGAAUGAGCAUGGGGAUAGGAAGGUGGGAUAUGUUCGAGAGGGCGAGGGUGUUGAGUCGGGAGAUGAGUUGAUCAAGAACGGCGCUGGGGCGAGGGCGAGGGUUCUGGCAAGGUCUGCAGAUGACGAGGCUAGUAUAGAGAGAGAACGCGAGCGGCGAAGGGAUGAGAAAGGGAAGACAAGUGAGCGCGAUCUCAUCCGAGUAAAAACACGACUGAGUGAUCGCGACGGCGCGGACGUUAUCGUCGCCUUAAGAAAGACGCAGAAUGUCGGUUUUCUUGCGCGCAAGCUGCAGCAGGAGGUUGGGAUCCCUCGAACCCAGCGCAUCCGAAUCGCCUACCUAGGCAAAAUCCUUAAAGAGCACAAAACGCUCUUCGACCAGGGCUGGCAACCGGGGCAUGUGGUGAAUGCGCUGGUUGUUGCGCGACGGUCCUCUUCCUCACAAUGA